AUGCUGGCGGCAGCAGCGCUGUGCGCGGCCGCGCUGGGCUGCGCGGCGGGGGCGCGGCUGCUCAGCGCAGUGGACAUUUCCCUCAGAAGAGGGCAGACGGUUUGCAGGCGUGGCACGCAGAAACCCUGCUACAAAAUCGUUUAUUUCCACGAUGCCUCCCGCAGGAGCAGCUAUGAGGAAGCUCACCUGGCCUGCAGGGCUGACGGGGGACAUUUGGUCAGCAUCGAGAGCCCGGCAGAGCAGAGGCUGAUUGAAUCCUUGAUCAGGAGCCUGCUGGCUUCGGAUGGAGACUUCUGGAUAGGGCUGAGGAGGAGGAAGGAGGAGGAGGACAACAGCACCGAGUGUCACAGCUUCUACUCCUGGUCAGAUGGGAGCUCGUCCAGGUUUCGGAACUGGUACGCGGACGAGCCGUCGUGCGGGGGCGAGGUGUGCGUGGUGCUGUACCACCAACCCUCUGCCCCGCCCGGCCUGGGGGGGCCCUACAUGUUCCAGUGGAACGAUGACAGGUGCACCAUGAAGAACAACUUCAUCUGCAAAUAUUCCCUGGGUGAGGAGGCUCCGUGGGAUUCCAGCCCCGGCAGGAGGAAGGAGGAGUGCGCUGUGGCAACAGAGCCCUGGAAGGCAAAAUUCCCAGAGGAACGCUGGAGGAAAGGUGCCAAUAGAACAGCUGGGGGAGCCAAAGAACCUGUUCAGGGCCUUGCCUUCAUCCUCAUUUCCAGCAUUCCUGUGCUGCUUCUCCUGAUGGCCAUCACAGGCAUCUCCUGCUUUUGGCUGUUCAUGAGGAGGAGACAGCAGCUGCUGGAUGUGACCCCGAAGGGUGACGAGCCCUGGCUGCCCCAGCCCAGCCCCGAGCUGGACAUCUACAGGGUGAUCAACAGACAAUCCGAAGCUGACCUGGCUGGGGCCAGGCCUGGCACCAAGAAUUCCUCCUUCCGUGCCCACGAGGGGCUGCAGAGCCCCUGCAGGGACGCCGAGGACACCUCCAGCAGUGGCUUGGUGACGCUGGCCAGCACGGAGAGCGGCUUUGUCACCAACGACAUCUACGAGCUCUGCGGGGACCGUGUGGGCAGGAGCGAGGAGUCCAGCUGGGUGGACAAUGAGAUUUAUGGAUACUGAGGAAAUGGACCCAAAAAAACCACUGGAGUUUGGAUUUCGGGUGUCAACACGAGUUGACUUGCCCUCUCUAUGCACUUGUUUAAUAAUGGUGUGUGUGUGGUGUCCGGCCUGGUUUUGCAUUGUGCCCUUGUUCUUCUAUUUUCUGCAAGAAUAGGGGUUUUUAAAGAUCCAAACUGAAAAGAUUUUGCUUUGCACCAAGCCCCCUUUGCCCCAGGAAUGGCUUGUUAAUACCCUCCAUUCCUUUUUGUACCAAAGAUAUGCCUUGAAAGUGAAGGACAAUCCAAAAUCCUUAUUUAUUUAUAAACUCCUCCUCCUCAAAGGUGCUAAAAGUUCCUGUGAUGUUUGAUCCUGCUUUCCUGGAGAUGCUGAACAUGGCAGGUGGGGAAGGAAUCCCUUGGUUUGCUUUGCUUGUGUGUGAGACUUCCCCUGUGCCUA